GCAUCUGUGGCUGAGGAAAGCGCUCAGCCUACAGACUGCUGCCCUUCGGGCUGGCUGCUGUACAGGGGCAAGUGCCUCUUCAUCUCAUCGGAGAAGAAGACAUGGGAGGACAGCAGAGAUGAAUGUGAGAAGAAAUACUCUCAGCUCCUGAUCACCAAAUCCUGGAGUCGCUGGACUGUGCCGACCUUCCUGAAGAAUGCAGACAUCCCAUAUUGGAUUGGGCUGCAGAAGAGCAUCUUCCCCUGGUAUGACUACGGCUGGCUGGAGGAAGGGGACCCAGAUGACAGGGGUGUCUCGGACGCCUGGUUCUGGGUGGAUGGCUCCCUUUACGAAAGGCCGUGGCAGUCGAAGUCGAACGGGUCCUGUGCCAUAAUAAGCCGCGGGAACAUCAAACCUGCCCAGUGCGCCGGUCCCGACGACCUGCACCUCUGGAUCUGCGAGAAGGCGGCGGGGCCCAGCAACCCUUUCAUGGGAUGA